AAGUUUACUAGUCGUUGACCUCCGUUUGUAAAUCUUGAGCUACAUAAGUCUGUUAUAAGCGUAGUUGAAUUUACUUUCAACUAGAGUAGUCGAAAGGGGACGUGAGCAGUGUACGAAAUAAAAGUAGGCUUAGGCCUAGUUAGCUAUAGUAAUUACUCAUGGCUGAGGACUGGAAGACAUGGCCAUUUCGGCAAAAAAUGAUUCAACAGUUAGAAGAAUUAAUUCGACAACUUCCACCAAAUCAGCUUCACAAUGCUCAAAAUUUAGAGUUGCAGGUAUUUCAAAGGUCACAAAAGAGAGAGGAAUAUGUACAGUUUAUCACAAGAGUCAGCAUGUACCUCCGUGAACUGGCAACAAACAGUAAUCAACAGAACAAUAAUCCUCACUCACAAGCUGUACUUUUGGCACCUGGACCAAAUCCGCAAAUGGCAGGACCUGGCACUCAUAUGGCUGGCACAGUUACCCAGAUGGCUGGACCUGCUGGCACUAUGGCAGGUUCUGUUGGGCCUGGUCCAGGUCAGAUGGUUAAUGCCGGUGGUUCUGUAGUUGCUGGACCAAAUGCAAAUAUGAUGGCUGGCCAGCAGCCUAUGCAAGGUAAUCCCAGAAUGGGCCAGCCAAUGCCACCUACUGUUCCAAAUCAAACAGGAGAUAUGUCCAGUUGGGCUGGAAAUAACCGUAGGAUGAAUGAUAUGCAGCAGAUGACGGGUAAUAAAAAACAGCCAAACAUAACUAUCAAUCAACUGAACCAGCCUGGUAAAAUGAAUCCAGUCCAGAUGGGAAUUCCUGGACAGGGUGGGCCCACUGGUCAAAUGGGACAAGUUCCCACUCAGAUUGUGCCUAAUGUAGGCCGUGCUACUGGCACAAUGCAACCACGGGUUCCCUCUCCUGGAUUCCUGGUAGGAAUGCCUAGGCAAGGAACACCUUGUGCAAGUGCAUCUCCAGUACCUUCUCUUUCUGCCCCAAGUAACCAGCCUUCCCCAGCAUUUAUAUCCCCUUCUCCUUCUAUGGUUCCAUCACCUGGAGGUAUGGGGAGAGGUGCAGGUCAACUUAGUGCUUCUCCAUCACCCAGUGGUAUGCUCAAUACUCCAGGACAGCCACAGCAGCCAUCUCCUGCACAAUGUGUUUCCAACAGUCAAGUGGAUGAUGCUGCAUAUAGGGAAAAGGUACGUGAACUUAGCAAGUACAUUGAACCCCUGCGUCGUGUUAUAGAAAGAAUUGGAAAUGAAGAUGUUGAAAAGUCAAGAAAGAUGAAACAGCUAUAUGAAAUCUUAAGGAAUCCCCAGAGACGGAUGUCAAUGGAAACUCUUAAGAAAUGUGAAGAUGUCUUGAAGAGGCUGGAAAUAAAAGAAGAAGAUGGGACAGCUGCACCACCAAGUAUGGAAAAUAGAAUUGCCAGUCUUGUAGAUGCUGUAAACAAUGCUUUCAAACAUUCCUGGGGUUCCCAUACAGUACACCGUACUUUUUCACCAGCUUUGUCUGUAUUACUUGGACCAACAUAUUCAUUAAACCCAACAAAAAAGUUCAAGCGUACCAAUCCCCUCCAGCCACCUCCAGAAACACCAAAUAUCAGUGAUAUUGUUCAGGGGGAAGUUGCUAGGCUAAAUACACGUUUCAGAGUUAAUUUAGAUUGCCAGCAACCACCAGGUAGUGAUGACCUGACUUUGAUUUGUCAGUUAGAUGACCCUAAUUUGCCAUGUGUCCCUCCAAUUACUCUUACAAUCCCCUCAGCGUACCCUAUGAAAACUCCAAGGUGUGAUUUGUUACCUGUAGACUAUGAGACCACAGACUUUCUCAAGAAUAUCAGAGAAAGCAUGUUAGUGAGGCUGAAGAAUAUGCCACCACAUUGUAGUUUAACAAUGAUGCUUCAUAGCUGGGAGAUGAGUGUACGACAGGCAUGUGCCCCAAAGCCAUCCCUUACAUCAAUAAUUGCUAAUUCUCUUGUGACUACAUAAAUGUGUAUUCAUGUACAUAUACAAAUGUCAUUUUAUUGGAAAUUAAGCUACCAGCACACCAGCUAAUAGGCCUUUCAAAUGAAUGUGUAGUAAUAGUCUUUGGAAGUUAUUACAGAGAACAAGAGUCAGGUGCCUUGUGUAUGGGGCCCCCUGAGUGACUUAUUGGUAGGUAAUUAUACACAUAUUUCUACUGAUGGCUUAUCCCUUCUCUUAUGUGUCAUUCUUGUAGUUGUUUGUUAAAUAUUCUUGAUAUAUUCCGAAUGUUUUUUGUUCUUUGAGGUGAUGAUGCUGCAGUUUUUUUUUGUUAAAUGUAUGCAAUAUAUCACUUAUUGCAUGGAUUGCUUAUCUCAUAUCUUCAAAAGUGUAUUUUAAGUUGAUUGUCAGAAGCUUUUGUGAGGUCAGAAAAGUUGUUCGGAGGACAUACCCUGGCUUUGGUAGAAGGUAGCCAUGUAUGUUCAUGUCUUCCCUAUAAGUUAUUGCUUGUUUUUACAGAAAAGUACAAAACAGUACUCUUCAAAGGACUUUUGUUUAGUGUGGAUUUUUGUUUUGAAGUGGUAGUUGGCCAUCUUUUUUUCCUGUCUAUUUAACUGGAAAAAGUGAAGUGUUCUUAUCUAUAGAAAAGGUAGAAGUUUAUCUUUGUUAGAUUCUUACUUAGUGCCUUUGUUUAUUCUCUUGUUCAGUUUCUGGAGUGUUACUGUGAGCCAGUUCAAGGGCUGUAAGGAACUGAUGUUAUUGACAUUUAACAACUGCCUCCCACAGAUUUUACAUACAAACUAGUGUAGGGUUUAAUAAGCAAGUUAAACUCUUCCGAUAUGAGAGUCCCAUAGAAAAAUUUUACUUUUUAAUUUGGAACUAUUCAUUUCCAAUUAUUUUGAUUUGAGGAAAAUACAUAUAUACUGUGAUUAUAUAAAGUAGAAUUUCAUCUUGGGAGAUAAUUUAAUCACUUGCUGUUAUUGGUCAUUCUUUACAGUGUUCUGAAAGUAUUAUUUAACUUAACUGUAUGUAGUACCAGUUGUUUUCAUCAUAUAAAUUUUUAAGCAUAUACCUUGUUGGUUUUAUAUAUGACCUAUGUGAUCAGCAUCCAGCAACAACUGAUGUAAACUGUUAUCUUUAUCAUUCAUUUUGAGAGAUAAAUAGAUGAAUGUUGCAUUGCGGUUGGUAUUGCGAAUUGUUUAAAAAGUUAACAAUUCCUUCAAGUUAUCUUUUCUUCAAAGAAUUGUGUAACCAUAAUGAUGUAAUAAGCAUCUAGCUUCUUCAGUCAUUUUGAAAUUACUACAGCAUAAGAAAUGAGUACUAAAGCAAGGAGAGAAAAAGAUGAGAUUAGGUCAGGGUUACUCUCCCCUUAUGUGAACUAUCUUUUGAUGAUUUAUCUCAACACUGAGGAUAUGUUGUCCUGUUUAUUGUUCUUCAUUAUUUUGUUAUCUGUUCUCUCACAAAUUAUAAUAGGAUUAAUUUGUGUGAACACAUAUAAAGCAUUUUUGACAUUACUAUUCCAACCUUUAUUUUGUGUGAAGUUCCAUCCAUCCAGCACUGCAGAAAAAUGACUUGUGAAUAGGGUUGUUCACUCUUAGUUUCUGUAAUAACUGCCAUGGUACCAAUUUUCCAUGCUCCAGUUUGGUUGAUCGACUCUGCAGUGUACCAGCUGUUGAGGGCUUAUUUAAACUGAAGAUUUUUAUGUAAUUAAACAAAUUAAACAAUAGUCAAAUUUUAAGACAGGAUCAAUGUUAGUAAUUAUUAUUUUUUUUAUUUUUUUUUUAAUGAACAUGCAGUGCAGUGCAGUAUUCUCAAGGUCUGUUUCUGUCAAUAAUCUUUCUAAAGGCGAAGAGAAAUUAAUUUUCAUAAUGGAAAAUACAGGGGGAAUAUUUAAUUACCAUGGUCAGAACACUAUUUCCAGUUAACAUAAUUUAACUAGGCGUUCUUCUUUCAGUCAUCUUGCAUCAUUCUUUUAUACUACAUUCUAGAAAUCAGCAGAUGUAAAGAUGACUUUUCUCCUAAAUUUUUCAGUUAUGCCUUAUGCAUAUUCUCUAAUGCAGAUGCCUGUGUGUCUCUAAAAGAUGGUGUGAUAAAGUUCAUUGAAAGUAAGCACAGAUGGUGGUUUCUGUGCUUAAGACUUUACUAAAGGUUGUGAUUUUGUUUUUUCUGUAAUUUCAUGUGGGAUAUCUUAAUGCUCUGCAUUUAACUUGCAUAGAAAUUAUUUACUAAACUACUAUAAUUUUGAACUACCCGGUAGGUAAAAUGGGAUUUUAACCAAUUGAUCUGGUCACACUGGCCUUGUUUGCCAUGUAAGGUAAUGCAAGUGCAAGAUGAUGAUAUGGUGUCCUGUUCUGCAUUUAAAUUGUGAAGAAAAAAAUACAUAUAUGGAAAGUUGAAAAUGUCAGUAGUAAAGUUGAAAAUGUCAGUUUAGGUUGACUUUAUCAGGGAAUUUAUCAAUGUAAAAUGUACCUAGGUAUUUAUCUGUGUAAAAUGUACCAAGGUUACUAUCAUGUCUGGCCUUGGAUAAAGAUAUAUCACCACAUCUGAGGUUCACAACAGCCAUUUGACCAUGAGAGAGAUAUAAUGUCAGGAUUUAUUAUGAUUUUGUCAAAGAAAGUAGAGGCUGUGUUGUAUCCUUAAAAAAAAAUCUUGAGGAAAAAGGAGUAUAAAGUAGGCUGCUUAUAUGGAGCUUAAACCUUGUUUUCAAGGUAAUCAUUGUCACAGUUGGUGGGAGGUCUAAUUCCUUGUUUUCAAGGGAAUCAUUGUCACAGUUGGUGGAAGAACUUACAUUAUUCAAGAGAACUCUCAAAACUAGACAAAAUCAAACUUAUAUUAUUGCUGGCACUCAUGAGACCCGUAGGUGAACAUUUUAUAAUGCUUAGAGAAUGUUGAUGGUAUUAAAAAUGCCCUACAUUGAAGUGUGGAAAGCACCUCAGUGGCGUGGUUGGUUUGGUGUUUGCUUCUCACCUCGGUGGUCGCGGGUUCGAUUCUCGGCCAUUCCAUUGAGGAGUGAGAGAUGUGAAUUUUUGGUGAUAGAAGUUCACUCUCGACGUGGUUCAGAAGUCACGUAAAGCCGUUGGUCCCGUUGCUGAAUAACCACUGGUUCCAUGCAAUGUAAAAACACCAUACAAACAAACAAACAAACACUGAAGUGUGAAUCAGGUUGUGCACUUUGUCCUUUCCAAAUCCAAAUACAAUUUUUUUUUUCUAGUUUUUUUUAACAAUGUCACUUGGACUUUAAAAGUCCAAGAUAUACAUUUGUAACAGCCAAGUUUACUAGGACAAUAUUAUUAUUAUUAUUAUAUAUUAUAUAUUUUUUUUAUAUUACCAUAGCAUUUAGUCCAACAUGAUGUGUGCUGACUGAUUAAAUUUUGCAGUAUUUCUCAGUAUUGAGGUGUUUGUGAAAUGUAAAUGUGUAAGAAGGUCUGUGCAAUAUUGAUAUCAGUUUUGGGGAGCACUGUAGAGUAUUCAAGAUUAGAUGGAUUGUGUAUUAUAUUAGUAUGGUUUCUUAUCCUAUUAGUAUAAUUGUAUUGGCAUCAGCAAUCCUAACCACCAUAUAUAUCCCAUACCAUUUCUCUUUGGUGAAAGGGCUGUAAUCAUUGUUUGUAUUUCUAACUAUAUUAUUGCUGUUCCUUUCAUGUUACACUGGUGGUGAUGUUAUUAUAUGUAAUUACAGUGUGUUCAUAAAGGAACUAACCUCUAAUUUUACUUAUGCUAUACUGCUGGGUCUGUGAUAGCCUAAAGUUGACUAUUUCUGCAGUCACUCUUCUAUGUGAGUAUGUCAGGUAAACCAAAUACUAUUCAACUUUGAUGCUUUUUAAAAGAUAUUAAAAGCCUUUAAAUAUAAAGUAUAAAGCAAAUUGAGGUGGUUUGAAAUAACAUUUAUUUUUCGACUAUUAUUAUUUUAUAAAUAUAUUCACUUUAACUUAUUACAAAGAGAAACAUGAAGUUACUAUGAGAUAUGUGUUUUGAUAAGAUGUUUUUUAUUACACAUGGAAGCUUCAGAGAAUAAAAAAGAGCAGUACGUGGGACAUCCAUUCUGAAUUACCGCUUCUAUUAUUUCAAGGAGAUCCAGUAUGUUAACUGGUAAAAUGAUAUUCAGUUUCACUAGUGCGCGAUUACAUAUAGCUCCAUAUUCAAAUGCACUAUUGACAAAAGGGCCACUCAUCUGAACCGGUAUAGACACACAUCUCAGAUCAUGAAACUGACUGACAUUACAUUACUAUGGAAAAAUUAGAUUGGGUGUUGGAACAUGUUAAGCAAAAUUACAUUGGUGUUUUUAUCAAUAUAUCUAUCAUUGCAUGUGCUAGUGCAUACUCUGAAUCAAAUUUGAAAAUGCUUUGUGUGACUAGUAUUAAUUACAGUGUCAGAAGCUGCUGACAAUUUUUAUACAAAUUGCGAUGCUUUGUGUUAGAACAAAGAAGUUGUAAUAUCCAUUCAUUUAUGUCUUGGAUUUUAGUCUUUAGAGCUACUGGCUACUUGUACUUUGUAGGCAACAUAUUGAUAAUUCUACACUUUUUGUAAGUUUGUUCACAUAUGUAAACAUUUUGAAGUUUUUAUAUUCAAGUAAUAAUUUGAAACUGUUUAAAAAUUGAUCAGUUAGUCAUUCUUCUCUACAUACGACUAAAGGUUAGUUUCUUAAAAGUCCCAUGAUGUCAGCUCCUUUCAAAAUCUCAUCCUUGUCAGGUUACUUAGGGAGAUGAGGGAAUGAUACAGUUUUGUCCAUUUGGAAAAUCUUGGCAAAGUACUACUUCUCCAGAGUCCUCGGUUAUGUGCUUGACUAAUCAAGGAUAACUAUAAAUGCCAUAACCUUCUGUUAGAUCAACUUGAAUAUGGGGGUAUGUACAGUAGUUCUAUUUUGUAUCAGGAAUACCCCCUUGCCAAGGUUUGUGUUUUAUGUUUUUUUUUUUUUUCACGUGUAUAUUUUUCAACCUAGUGUCGUAAUUCAUUUGAACACCAGAUGGUUAGUGUUGGUUGUGAUAAAUACCAUUUUAUUAUGUUCUGUAUCCAAAACAUGAUUCUAAACCUCCUGCAUAGAGUCUACUUAAGACUCAGAGGUCUGAAAAGCUUUAUUAUUAGUUAAUAAUAAUAAUAAGCCUCCUGCAUAAUCAGCCUUCUACUCCUGGGUAACUUGGUAGUCUACUAACUUUUGAUGAGAGCUAAUCACAAGGUUCAGAAUCCUAAGAAAUACAAUCAGUAAAGUUUUCAGGUACUAAUUACUUAAUUGCAAACCCAAGAUUUUACAUGUAGAUUGUUUGAUUAAUAAGAGGGCUCCCCUGUGGUACUAUAACCAGAAGAAUGGCUUUUGAAUUUUUUCAUAUAAGAAUUAACAAACUCUGGCUAACACAAGCUUUACCUAGUUUUAGAGCAUAAGUAAAUGAGGUUUGCUGUUAUAAAGCAAAGUUUUUGUAUUGGUAUACAGGAAUCAAGUGGCACAAAAUAUUGUCACAAUGUAGUAUGUAAAGUAUAUAUUUUCUCUAGUUUGUAAUAUUUAUGUAUUAGAGAAUAUAGUUAAAUAGAUAUCCAAAUGUUAUUUUAGAGGGUUUUUGUAUGUACACUAAUCCUUUUGUAAAGCAGUUACUUAAAAUUAAACUGUGCCAGUUGGAGAA